AUGCUUAACAUUUUGUCUUUGCCUCAGGCAUAUCGAUCAAGCAUGUUGAAGGCGUUUAAGAAGACCCUUGAUGAAGGGGUUUUCUCCUUCGUUAUUGUGGAUGACCGCAAUCUGCGGGUAGCUGAUUUUGCUCAGUUUUGGGCAACGGCAAAGGUAUACCCUCAGUUCUUCUUCCUCAAAACUUCUGUGACUAUUUAUGUUCUCUUUAUUUUAACUUUGGGGUCAAUCUAAAGGUCUGUAAUUCAUCAUCCUUUUAUGUAGAAUUUUUUAAAAAAUUGUUCGCGCUUAAAAAAGGUUUUACAUGUAAGAAAAUUACAAUAUACAUCUCUACUUAUAUCACCAACAGUGUCUUUGAUGCCUACUCACAGCUUGAUUACUCAAGAUACCUGUUACAUGAAAGGAAAAAGGAAAGACAUGAAUUCUUCACAUCAUUUUUUUGAGGAAAGACUUGAGUAAAACUUCAAGGAUUCUCCACAAUAUAAGUAGUUGAAGUAUGUUCUAGUAACAUGCUUCACACAAUGUGUUUUUCUCCAUAUUAGCAACUUAGGAAGUAAAAUAAUUCAUUCAACAUGUCCCAGUUAUAUUUAUAAAUAAAAUUCAUAAGGAAAAUCAUUAGAAGUCCAUCCUUGUGUAUUUUUUACUUAAACAUGCGUGUCUUUUAAUUUAGGAGAGAAAGUGAUCCGGAAAAAACUCCGCUACGCUACAGUUGUUUCUAUCAUGGGGAUGUUACCAUUAAAUGUAUGUUGUAGGGUGGUAGGGAGCGUUAAUCUCUUGAAAGGGACGAAUUCAUUCUCUUUCAAAAUCUUAUUUCAGUGUAGUGAACUUUAUUAUAUAGUAUUAUUAUUGUGGAUGUAUCGGACUUUCAAAUCACAUUGCAUAGAAGUACUUUUAUCUUUAUUUAAAUUACUGGGGAAAGAAGCGUUGAGAAUUGAAAAAUGAUGAGGGAUUUCUUGUGGGAAGGUAUUGGGGAAGGGGAGAAGGAUCACUUGAUUGAUUCUUCUAAAGGUGCAAGUUUGUACAUGGCUAAUCACUCAUGUUAUGAUUAAUACUAAUAAUGUGUUUGAAAGAUGGAGAUUUAAGACAUUUCUUACACCUCAGUGGUGUGUUAUGUGCUAGGAAGCACGGAUACGGAUACUUGACACGGGUACGAUACGACAAAACUUAA